AUGCGCGGCUUGGUGCAGCUAAAGCAGUUGAGAAAAACAUGGCAGCUGCUUCAGCAAGGCCCAGCUGAAGGUUUUGUACGAGACAACCAGGAGGAUGAUGAGGAUUUGAUGGAAGAUCUUGAGGAAGACUUGAUGGAGGAAGCUGAGCUGCAAGUGAAGGAUGAUGGCGAAGCCUCUUCAUCAACUCAGCCAGCUGAUGAUGUAGUGGAAGAGGCUCAAGAAGAUGAGGACCUGGACUUAUUCCAGGAUGUCAUCGAGGAAACUGGGCGACUCUCAGCUAUGCAGGAGCGCGUAGCAGUGGUACUGGGUGAGGCGGCCCUUGCAAGAGAGGAGUCAGCAGAGCCGCUGGACGCACCUUUGGCAGAGUUGAUCAUAGAGAGGCUGCAAAGUGAGCAGUCUGCUGCGGUUGCAGAGCUCCUGAUGGAAAAGGCCGUGUGUAUCUCUCGCGGAGAAGAUGAGUUGGCCAAUGCUUUCUCCAACACGUUUGCGCAGUUGAAUGAACUGCUGACGAUGGCGAGAGAGGAUCCCAGGAUGACACCCUGGACUGCUGAUCGUUGGACUCGUCUCAUCCUAUCCAUUGGCAGAGCGAAUCAGCUUUGCCUGAUAGAGAAGGUUUUUGGCUACAUGAAGGAAUUCCACGUGAGAGGGGACAAGGAGACAGAUGCAGCGGUUGCCCAGCUUGUCGUCAAAUCACUGGACGUUGCCCAGCAGGCACCAAGUUUAUCGGGGUUGACACGACUUGAAGGCCUUCCUGAGGUGCUACUGCUUGGCACGGCUGGAAUGAGAAACAGCGACAAGAGCUCCAUAGCCACUGCAGUGGUCUCCAUGCAGCCUCGCAGAAGGUUGGAAGACGAACUUGCCGGAGAGGGUCAACAAGGAAAGAAGCAAGGUCGAAGAAAGUCCAGGCCGCCCAAAGUUUACGAGACGAAAGCAAGUGUCCUCCGAAUAAACUGUGCGGAAGAGGGUGGACCUGGAAUCCAAGUACUGGAUAUUCCAGCUCCAUUGCGUCCUUCAGUCACUAUGGUGGAGAAGGAACUUGCAAAGUCCAAGAAGAUCUCUGCAGCUGCUGGUGGCGUCUGGGGCUCCUCAACCGAGGCAGAGUCUUCCAAAAGUGCUGGAAAGAAAUGGCGAGAAGAGGUUUGCAGCUACCUCUCAUCACCUCGCGAAAUGCAAAUAGCAGGUACUUUCCACAUCGUGGACGCCAGGGAUUUUGCAAAAGAACUGGCAGACUUUGUACCUUCAGACUUGCUGCCCGCGGACCAGCUUAGCAUCUCGCAGAGGUUGGAUGAACUGCGCGCACAGGGUGUCAAUUGGCUUUCGCCAGAUGAUGCAUUGAUCCAAGAUGAGGUGCUCCGUGCAAAUCCAGCUCACUAUGUCUUGGUGGUGGCAGAUUGCUCCAAGUUGACCUUGCAGAACCAAGGGAGGUCCUUUCACGACUUCUAUGUUUCCUCUUUUGUCGCACAACAACGUCGAGACUUCCUCAAAGAGAAGCUUACCCACGACGCCGAGACUGCAGCAGCCAGAAUAGAACAGCCAUCCACGCCAAAGAUUCGCGUGCUAAUGGCAGAUGCUGAGCAGUUCUACCAAGACCAGGAGUUUUGGAGGCUUCUUUGGGCGUGCACUGAGUGA